UGACAGUUGGUAUUAGUGUUUAAAGUGCUUAAUUAAAUACAGAUGAUAAAGACGAAUUAGGUCUUUGUCAUAAAAUGUUUAUAAUUUACUAAUUAAAUAAAGUGAGGUUAUGUUCUGACAGUUCCGUGCGAUCGGUUGAACGACAAUUUGUGAUUUUAGUAUUAAAAGAAUAAAUUUGAGAAAUCAGUCUUUUAUUAUUGAAUAAUAUACACAGGAAGGUCAAUAAUUAACGUAUAAGGACACGUCAAGUUCAACAAUUCGACUUUUCUUUUUUUGUAAAGAAAAAACAGUUUCAAUUUCUGCGAAAGGAAAUUUUUAAUUUCACAAUGAGUGAAAUAGAUAGACAAAAAUAUAUUCAAGAAUUUGAUUUUCCAUUUUGUGAAGAAAUUAGUAAAUAUGACUCAUUGGUUAAAAUUGGCCAAGGAACAUUUGGAGAAGUUUUUAAAGCCCGUGACAGGAAAAAUAGUACGAAAUUCGUAGCAAUGAAGAAAGUUUUAUUGAAUAAUGAUAAAGAAGGAUUUCCAAUAACUGCAUUGCGUGAAAUUAAAAUACUGCAAUUACUAAAACACAAAAAUAUUGUGAAUUUAAUCGAAAUUUGCAAAAAGUCAGCAAUUUCAGGCAAUCGCAGUCGUUCGACUUUUUAUCUUAUAUUUGAUUUUUGUGAACACGAUCUUGCCGGAUUGCUUGCGAGUCCAAAAGUAAAAUUCACAUUAGGUGAAAUAAAAAACGUGAUGCGGCAAAUGUUGAAUGGAUUGUAUUAUAUUCACAGUAACAAAAUACUGCAUCGUGAUAUGAAAGCUGCAAAUAUUUUAAUAACGAAAAACGGUCUAUUGAAAUUAUCAGAUUUCGGUCUAGCACGAGCCUUUAGUGAAAGUAAAUUUAAUCAGCCGAAUCGAUUUACAAAUAAAGUUGUUACACUUUGGUAUAGACCACCGGAAUUAUUACUCGGUGCUCGAAAUUACGGUCCAGCUAUCGAUUUAUGGGGCACUGGCUGCAUUAUGGCUGAAAUGUGGACAAGAGCUCCAAUAAUGCAGGGCGCUACUGAGCAACAACAAUUAACAUUAAUUUCUGAAUUAUGUGGAUCAAUUACUUCAGAAGUUUGGCCUGGAGUGGAAAACUUAGAACUGUUCAAUAAAAUGCAUUUAAUUUCCGGCCAAAAAAGAAAAGUUGUGGAGCGAUUGCUAGUACAUGUAAAUGAUAAACUCGCUUGUGAUUUGAUGGAUAAACUUUUAGUUCUCGAUCCAAGUAAGAGAAUUGAUUCUGAUACGGCCUUAAAUCAUGAUUUUUUCUGGACAGAUCCAAUGCCAUGCGAUUUGGGACCAAUGCUGGCGAAACAUUCUCAUAGUAUGUUUGAAUAUUUAACGCCACGAAGACGAGCUUAUGCCAAAAAUCCACUGCAAGUUAAUGGUGGACCUUCCAAGCCUAGUACGAGUAAAGUUAAUGACAAUGGAUGCGAAGAUUGGGUUUAUAAAUCGGAACUCUAUUUAGCAUUUCCCGGUUACUACUGUGUUUAAAAUUUGUGUCUGCCGAUCGUCAACAAUUUGGAUUUUCUAAAAGAAAAAUUUUAGAAUUUCCACUCGUCUAUUUUUAGAAACAUGAUCGUCGAGGGCAAAAGGUUCUCAAUUUAAUAUUUUUUUCUUUUAUUUAACUUUAAAUUCUAUUCGAGCCAUAAUGAAAAAGUUUACUUCAAAAGUAAUUCUUUUAUUUUUAGACUAUUUUAUUGUUUUUAGUAUUUAAAAUUAAUGUUGAUA